AUGGGGGGCGACGGGGAUGAGACGAGCCCUGCGCAUGUGCGCCAAGAACCAGAGUGGGUGACAAGCCUCGCGACGCUGGCUGCGAGAAACUUCAAGAGGGUCCAGAAUGACGCGGUGAACAGCAUCAUGCAGAAGAAUGCUGAUUUCACCAUGUCCCUGCCGAUAUGGGUCGCCACGGUCUUGAACAUGUGCUCGAUGACCCUGCCAGCAGCGUGGCCAUUGGAGGGUGCUGUAGAGAAGGCGUACGAGCAUUACUACCAGGAAAAAGGGUGCUACGCGUUCCCACCGCCUGGCCACAUCGUCGAGGUCAGCUUCUACAAGACCCUGGCGCCGGAGAUGGUGCGGAAGUUGCAGCGCGAUAGCCUGGGCUCGCUGUAUUUGGCCUGGCUCAUGCUGUUGCGCGACGUGCAGGAGAAAGAAGAGAAGCUCGCCAAGAUCGUGGAAGCGGCAAUGCAAGUCCCGAUGAAGUUCACGAAGCGGAACAAUGACAACGAGCGCGUGCUGAAGGUAUACCAGUAUAAGGAGGACGAAGAGAAGAAUGCGGAGUUGUUGGGCCACUCCCUCCUUGGCCGAGCGCGCGAGCUAGCAGGGCUCCAAGAAGUUCUUCGUUCGAAUUCUCAGAGCAGCACGCCCCCGGCGAUCGAGGAGCUGUUCAAUUCUGGCGGCAUCACCUGGGCGCAUAAGGAGACUACGAUGAACUUGUACAACAUCAGGCUGCACCUCCGCAUCCUCAGACGCCUGUCGAUGGCAGUUGCCGACGUCGGCGCCCCGGCCUACAAGGACUCGGCCCUGUGCUACUUCGACCGCAACGAGGAGAUCUGGGGGCGCAAGCAUCCGAAUGUUACUAUGCAGGAGACGGGCAGGUCUUUUGAUGCAUUUCAGAGCGCAGUUCCAGACCUUGGAGACCUACGCGUGCUGGCGGAGACUUAUCAUGUCAUGCUUCUGCGCGGAUACAACGUGAAGGCGAGCGGCAGGCACGCCCCUGAGACCGCCAAGGCCAUCCUGAUUAUGACGAAAGUUCCUUCUUCACUGUUGCCACGGUAUCCUCUGUUCGAGUCGGUGCUGUCCGUCUACAAGACGCUGAAGACAUUCCGCAAGGAGUACCCAUCAGGUUUGGACUUUGAUGGCAAGGAAUUGUUACAUGUCAGCCACACUUACCCGAUCCUUGGCGAGGGCACUGCGGAGAAGCUGAACUCAGAGAUCCUGCUCCCUACGAUGCUCAACAAGAAGUUUCAGGCAUUCCUCGGGCACCCCACUGCUCUGGCCGUCCCCUUCAUCAAGGACAUGUUGCCCGAGUUGGAUCAGCUCUACCAGGUGGACGUGGCUGAGCGCAGGGCCAAGGAGCGCGCGGUUCAGGGUGAGCGCGAAGAGUUUGACGUGGCUAUGAGCUGUGAGGCCAGCGGGUUAAUUACCGAAGACGAGGCCAAGUCGUUGAGAAACGUCCUCGAGGACAAGAAAACAAACGAACUACCGAAAAUGGCGGACGAAUUCUUGAAGGCCAACGUCGUGUUCAUGAAGUGGUCAAGCACCCUUUUGGCUGACAUCGAGAAGCAGCCGAUGAUUGCAGCAGGGGCUUCGCGCCUGUGGUUCUUCAACGCGGGCACCGACUCCACGAAGGACCCCAACAACAAAGCAUCUGCGUGGCGCAUGAAGGCAACGCCAGACGAGGACCACAUCAACCAGAUGGUCAACAUCGUGGCGUCGUUCAUCAAUGAGUCAGAUUCCGCCGCGAUCGUCAGCGGCCGCAACAAGCUAUUCCAUCGUGACGCAAAGAAGAUGGUGAUGCAAUGCAAGCCCAAGCUCGCGGUCAAGGAGUUGGAGAUGCUGCCCGACGAGGGCGAGGUGUCGCAACACCUCCGCGUCGAGAGCAGCGUAGUUGGCACCGUGGACCUCACCGACCAGUACCUGCACAUCAUGAAGACCAAGCGCGCCAUGGACUCGAAAAAAGGAGUCCCUCGGCGAUUCGUCCCAGGGAACACGGCAUUCUGGACAAUGGCUGGCAUUCCCGUGGUCUCCAAGGACAGCAUGGUAAAGGUAUCGUAUUCCGACCGCGAGGCAGUCUUCAAGCACGUGUGCGGCUCGGAGAAGUGGACUCCUGGGGCGAAGGCGGCCAAGGGCCAGGACCUGUCCGACGAUGACGACGACGAGGCACCUGAAGAUACAGCAGUUGACCCCCUGGAGGCGAUCAACGGCGGCACUGCCACAUUAGUCGUCCUGUUCUGGAUGGAGCUGCACUUGAGGGCCGGGGCCCGCGUGUUGAUCAAUUUCACUCCGGGGGCUGGGCAUAUGAUCAAGGCGGCGUUCAUGCUCAGUGUGAAAUCGAUAGUCGUGUGUCAUAACGAAGCUCACGUCAAAGUGCUGAGCGACGUCUUGCGUGCGCAUCUGCUCGACGAGAUCCAGAAAUCUGGGCCCGCAUCAAGCAGGUUCCUCCCAGCGGACAAAGACGAGCGCCUGGAGAAGUGCAAGCCUGAGCGCCUCAAGCUGUACGAGAUGCAGCGGAAGCGGAGCGCUGGCGACUCAGACCUCAUCAGCCCCGAGGCGAAGAGGACUGCGCUUGGGUCCUCAGUCGACGCGAUGCUGGCCAGCUUGGAGGGCACGCCGACCCCGAAGGCCAAGGCAAAGGCCAGGGCCAAGGGCAGCGAGACCCCCGAGGCCGAAGCAGGAAGCAGCCCUGCUGCUGGAGCUGAGGGAUCCGCUGGGGAGGCGGGGAAGGUGAAAGGCAAGGCGGAUGCCUCGUCUGAUGUAGCAGGCCCAGCGGAGGACUUGCAGGCCUUGCUGGCGCAGUGGUCUAAUAAGUAG